UCCACAUUUUCUCAUAAAAUAUCGUCUCAAAUAAUCUCGUAAAACCAGUGAUUGAAACACCUGAUGUAAGUGAAAAUAUGUUUUAUAGUCCAGUCGUCGGUAAAAUUUGAAUAAACAAAAUGGCUCGGUAUAACAGGUUUUAUUUGCACUGUAAACAAUAAAACCUAUUUAGAUGUCAUUUAAUUAAGAAAAUGACUUUAUACUGGGAGAUGCUUCUUCAGAUUGUACUUAUUACUAUCCUGGAUGAAGGAACUGCUUAUUACCGAGAUUGGGGGCCUAUUCUGCCCCCAUUCACACCUGGCGUGGUUCCUAUUCAGACUGAAUGUGACGAAUCAGGAAGGCCAUGUCUUGAGCUGCCAACUAAAAAAAUUUGCAAAGAAAAAUUUACACAACCUCACUUUCCUUGGCUUCCUCUGCCCUGGUGGUUUUUCUACUGCCAAUCACUAAUUGCCCCAAAAUCGCGCCGCAAUGUUAUCACUACAUCAAGUACGAUACAUCCAUAUUUUGCAAAGACGUUGGAGGAGUUUUUAAGGUACCAAAGACAAAGAAAAAGGUUUUCAAAAAAAUAGUGCUGGCUGGUUAUACAUUAAACAUAUUUAUUCUAUUUUUAAAUCAUAUUCAGCAGAAAAUCAAUACUUCACAUGUAUUCUGAUUUAUGUAAAGAUUUGUGUUUUGUUAUGUGAUCAUUAUAAUUAGCGAUUUUAAAUGAUAUAUAUUCGAAUAUAAUGGAAUUCGUUUUAAAUUCAAGACAUAACGUCCAGGCUCAUAGCUAAGUGUAAAUUUGAAAAUCGAAUUCAAUUGUAAGAAAAGAUCGCCAUAAAUUUCCAUUUGUAUACAAAGGAUCACAAAUUUACAUAACUUUUAUAUAAGUACACAUUUUGCUGCUAUUGUUUUUCUAUGAUAUACGAUUAUCAUAUAAAAGAGUAUAAAAAUAUCGAAUUAUCAUACAAACUUUUGAUAAGCUCAAAAGAUACCGCGACUUUGGCCACGUUUUAAUAUACCGUCAAAUAUUUCUCCAUCAAAUGUAACAUUAAGCUUUGCUUAAAUUUCAGUAGGUACUGUUCCUUGAAUGUAUUUGUUUAAAUAAGCAUUAAAAAGAGUUCUUCUAUUCGAACAGUAUAUAAAAUGGACCCUAAGUCACCAGAAUCUAAUCCAGGAAAAAUGGAACGAACUGAUUUAUUCGAAGGCAGCGUCAUUAAAUCCACAUUUCUCGA